UCUCUGUCUACACAACGGGCCGAUACCUAGGCAAGUGCCGCACAUAGCGGGCGUUGUCAGUCUGGUUGGCAGCCAGCGACCUGCCGUUGCCACUGCUCCGAUCCCGAUUGUUGUGGUGCGACAGCGGGUUCUUGACGUUGUAAUAGUAAAGCCGCUCAGGUAUGCACCGAAACUUGCCGCCAGACAGCUCAAGCAACGGGUACAUCAAGGCGAAAUCAGACGCCGACCUGAGCCACUUGCCGCUCCUGUCCUUCAUGUGGGUCAGAUUGACGUGCGGCACAAGACCGAACCUGAAGGUCUUGAGGUGGCUGAAGGUCCACUCGAUGUCUCGGUAGCUGUUUGUAGCGGCCACGUGUGUCCAGUUGUGUGCGGAGCAGUUGCAGCAGCCUAUGGGGUCCCAGUGAGAGAUGUAGCUCCCGAAGGUGAGGUGGAUGUCGUCGCUGGCGUAGUAGGCCGCCACCCGACGCAGCACAUCAUCCCCCCACAGAAAAUCAUCGCCGUCGAGCCACACUGCACCCAUCCAUCCAUCCAUCCAAUGGUCAUCUUCGGGUGUGCUCGCCUACCGACGAUGUCGUCGUUGUGUGGCCGCAGGCACUCCAUCCCGGUGAAUGUCGAGUACAGCAGCCCCCGAUUAGUGGACUGGUACCGCCAGUAGAACCUCGAGUCAGAGCGGAAAAUGGACCGCAGCUGCUUCACCUGAUGCACCACAUCUGCACACACACACACACACAGAGAGAGAGAGAGAGAGGAAUACUCCAUCAAUGCAGUUUCCCUGGUCCGUGUAUGUCUGUACCUGGGUCGCUGGCGUCAUCGACAAUACACGCGGUCCAGUUGGUGUGUGUCUGGUGCAUGAGAGUGCGGAGGCAAAGAUGCAGCAGCUCUGGCUGGUUGUAGUGGGCUAUCACCACACGGAAGCGGACCGACGACAGCGCAUCGGCUGAUGGGAUGGACUGCCGCAGCCAUGCCGAUGCCAAGAAGUACAAAAGCCGCGACAAGCUCCGAGUCUCCUCCUGUUCAUGGCGAGGGCGGUUCCUGGCGCGUCGAAGGUGUGGGCUGGUAUGGAGACUCUCCCCCUCUCCAUCUAUGAGUGGCCCCAUGAUCUUCAGGACUUCCUCGAGCCGCUUUCUCGUUUGCGUGCCGUCGUAGGGCAGACAGAAGGAAGAGGUAGAGUUGCAACCGUCCAU